AUGCGAGACGAGACUAGAACUAAGGCCAAUGGCAAGAACUCCACCAACAAGAACCCUACCAUCAACCAAAAGGCCAUGAGCUUCAACUUUAUAGAAGACAUUUACAGAAAGCUCCUGGUUCCAAAUGGAGGAUGUUACAGGCAAAUUGAUGUACGUAUGAGUAACUGCAUCAAUAGUGGCAUAACAAAAGAUUUGUUUCCUUAUCCAAAUCAACUUUUUCUCCCUCAACCGUCACCUUGCUUGCACAUACAACUUUGGAAUGGUGAGAGUUUUGGGGAUGGAUUUGUAGAGGUAAGAUGA